GAAGGUUCUGUAGGAUCAGUUGGAUGUAUGUUUGGCUGAUUUGAGCGCUGAAUUGGGUCGACAAACACCGUGUUUUGCCGUACAGUGCGCUCAGCCAUACCUGUAGUGCCAAUAGUGACGAGCAUUCACUGCAAUCGUUAGUCAAACACCAGUCGACUACAAAUACAGACACAACUGUUUGCCGACAGAGCCGUUAAACAUACGGUUAAUGUGUUGUUAUGUUUUAAUUGAGCGAUAGUUUGAUUUUUGUUGCCUCACAUGUGAUUAUUAUCAUUACUAUUACUUUUAUAUUAUCAUCACUUCAAUGAUGUUUCUCUCACAACAUUUUUUUCUGACAAUUUUAUUUUUGGUGACUCUCCUGGACUCAUCUCUCACAGACAAUAAUCAUUUAGUAAACAAAAGAGCAGCCAAUGACCUAAAAAUAGUGUGUUAUUACUCCAAUUGGGCGGUAUAUAGACCCGGAUUAGCUAAGUUUACGCCACAAAAUAUCAAUCCAUAUUUAUGCACACAUCUAAUCUAUGCAUUUGGAGGAUUAUCCAACAAAUUUGAAUUGAAAGCUUUUGAUCCAUACAAUGAUUUAAAUCAAGGCAAUUACAAAAAGUUUGUUGGCCUUAAAGCAUAUAAUAAAAAAUUGAAGACUUUAUUAGCCGUCGGCGGUUGGAAUGAGGGAUCAAAAAGGUUCUCAAAACUAGUCGCAACUCCAGAACUUCGCCAAACAUUUAUCAAUAGUUGUCUUAAAUUCUUGAGAGACCAUAACUUUGAUGGUCUCGACUUGGAUUGGGAAUAUCCCGGUUUUAGGGACGGCAGCUCUUCUGAAGACAAACAAAAUUACGCCAAACUUAUUAAAGAAUUAAGACAAGCCUUUGACACUGAAAAAUCUUCGGCGGGAAAGGAGAGGCUUUUAUUGACGGUUGCGGUUCCGGCGGGUCAGGAGUAUAUCGACCAGGGAUUUGAUGUGCCAACCAUUUCACGUUACGCAGAUUUUCUCAAUGUCUUGAGCUAUGAUUAUCACACGGCAUUUGAUCCCGAGACAGACCAUCAUUCACCACUUAAAGCACGACCAGAUCAGAGCCGAUUUGAAGAGUCGAGUAAAUUUAAUACUGAGUGGACUAUUAAUUAUUAUAUACAGUUGGGAGCUCCGAGAGAUAAAUUAAUAUUAGGAAUUCCCACAUAUGGUCGAUCAUUUACUUUAGCUGAUCCUAACAAAAAUGGUUUGACUGCACCAGCAGACGGUCCGGGAGAGGCCGGGCCAUCGACACGAGAAAAGGGUUAUUUGGCUUUCUAUGAAAUUUGCCAAAAGAUUGAAGAAGAGGGUUGGUCUACACAAAGACCUUCUCCUCAAAUAGAGGGUCCCUUUUCUUACAAAGACAAUCAAUGGGUAGCUUAUGAUGACAUACAAAGUGUUGAACAAAAAGUUAGAUUUAUAUUAGACGCAGAUUUGGGAGGAGCUAUGGUCUGGACGUUAGAUAACGACGACUUCAGAGGACAGUGUUAUGGAGAACAAAGUCCUCUCAUAAAUGCCAUUAAGACUGCACUCACAAGUAAUAUAGUUGAGGGCAGUUCUAGUGAAAGAUCUUCUCCGAGAUUUAUAAGACCCGGUCCUCAAAGUGUACCAAACGAUGAGAGAUCUCUUGCAGCUCUUAAUGUAAACACUCGUAGAAAUCAAUUGAGAAGAAUUCAAUUGCAAUCAACAACAUCUACGACAACUACAACCACUACAACAACUACUACUACAACACCUGUGCCUACAUUUAAGGAAACAAUAUUACGUACGACACCCGAACCUCCACCGACACCAGAUCCGGGCACUGCGUUUGAAUGUGAAGACGAAGGCUUUUUCAAUAAUCCCAAAGAUUGUCGAAAAUACUUUUGGUGUCUCGACAGCGGACCCGCAAACCUGGGAAUCGUUGCGCACGCUUUCACGUGUCCUUCGGGACUAUAUUUUAAUUCAAAGUCAGAGGCCUGCGAUUACUCAGAGAAUGUCAACUGUAAGAAACCACCCAAAGAAGAUGUCACCACAAGAAAGCCUAAACUCAGAACCAAACCGCCAACAACUACUACAACUACUACUACAACAACUACAACACCUCCACCACCAACUACGACAACAGCUGCCACAACAACACCUUUUGAUUUGAGCGAUAGGGCAAACAUUGAACUAUUGUCUACAGCUUUAAGACAAUUAAAUAGAGCCCAACAAAAUGGUAAUACCAAUGAUAUCUCACAAUUGGUUAAUUUGAUCCAAUCAUUAGGAGGUGUCGAUAAAAUUCAAUCACUUAUAGGACCAUCAGUUCUGUCAAAUCUCGACGAUAAUAAAGUAUCAUCUCCUGCGACGACACAUAACUUUUUUGAGCCCUCGUAUGUGACACCCAAUCGACAUUUAGAGGUCACUCAACCACCUCCUGAAUCUUUUACUGACAUAUCAUUAUCUUCUGGUAUCAGACGUGAACCUCAGGGUCAAGUGAGACCUCGAAGACCACAAUUUGAUACUACAUUACAGACAACUACUGCUAAUCCCAUCUUUUCAUUUUAUGAAACGCCAAAAAGCAAUCGCAACACUAAUUUAGACGCAAAUCGUGAACCAAACGCACAAUCCUUUGCUUUUACUUAUAAUACUCCGGGCGGUCGAAACACAGGACAAGAGGGCAGUAUCAAUGAGGCCUCCAUUUCCAGGCCUUCCAUACAAUUCUUUAAUAACUCCGCGCGAUUAGGAUUACCAUCGACUCCAAGAAGUAUUUUUGUGACCGACUCUCCACUUGAAAGACCGAGAUCUCGAUCUAAUCAAGUAAUCAGAGUUCCUGUUAGUGUUUCCGAAGGAAGAAUUGUCAGAUUACCGAUCGAUUCAAAUGAUAACAAUCGUAAUCCACAAACAGCUCGAAGAGUUAGAGUUCAAAGUGCUUUCUCUGCGGUUACAGAAAAACCACAAUCAGGUGUUGUUUACGACGAAGAGAUUACUUCAAAUGCCCCAAAACCACAACCAGUUCCUCAAUUGAGACCACAAUUUGCAUCACAAUCACUACCUAUAGAGUCAAGCACUCAACAGCCUAUAAGAAGACGUUUUCCGAACCGAUUUAAUUUGAAACCCAUUUCUGAUGAAAAUCCUGUGUCAGCGCUAAUCAAUCUUCCGCCGAGAGCUUCAAAUUCAUUACAGAACUCACGGCCACAAAGACCUCAAUCAUUGGAAGAUUUGUCACUUCCAACCACAACAGUGUCACCGACAACUGUCUUCAACCAACUGCGUCCCCAACCGCACCGUUUUACUAAUUAUAAUACACUUCCGCCUGAGUUUGAUAUAUCGCCAUUUACUACACCGGCCGCACCUUAUUUUGAUAUAGAAAAUGCGUACCGAGUGGUCACUACAACCACUUCGGCUCCGACCACAAUCACUACAACCCGUCAGCCACUUCCACAACCAAUCAGACAUUCUCGUCCUCGACAACAGUUACCACAACCGAUUGCAGUGACCACCCAAAGGCCAAACAGAAGACCAACAGCUGCGGUGACAACUGAAGAACCGGUCACUCAAUUUGACGGACCGCCCAUUUUCUCAGAAAAUGACGGCAAAAUUGGUUGCGGAAAACGAGGAGUUUAUGCUCACCCGAAAAAUUGCGGAAUGUUUGUGGUGUGCGCUCCGGCCUCUCGGACUAAUAAAAAUCUUCGGGCGCUUACUCAUCAUUGUCCCGCUGACCAGGUCUUUGUCCAGGAAGUCGGCAGAUGUCGGCCCGGAAAUAAAGAUCGUUGCGAAGUCUUCUGAUCUGAUAAUUGUUAUUAUAAUAUAAUUUA